AUGGUAAAAGAGAUUGGAGACAAAGAUUCCGAAGGAAAAGCAUAUACCAGCAUUGGCAGUGCGUAUGAUUGUCUCGGUGAUUAUAAAAAAGCAAUCGAAUUUCAUCAGCAGUCUCUUAGUAUCGCAAAAGAGAUUGGAGACAAAGAUUCCGAAGGAAUAGCAUAUCUCAGCCUUGGCAAUGCGUAUCACUCUCUCUGUGAUUAUAAAAAAGCAAUCGAAUUUCAUCAGCAGUCUCUUAGUAUCGCGAAAGAGAUUGGAUACAAAGGUGCAGAAGGGGGAGUAUAUGGCAACCUUGGCAUUGAGUAUGGCUGUCUCGGUGAUUAUAAAAAAGAAAUCGAAUUUCAUCAGCGAUCUCUUAGUAUCGCAAAAGACAUUGGAAACAAAGGUUCAGAAGGCAAAGCAUAUGCCAACCUUGGUAGUGCAUAUAACGGUGUCAGUGAUUAUAAAAGAGCAAUCGAAUUUAGUCAGCAGUCUCUUAGUAUCGCAAAAGAGAUUGGAGACAAAGGUACAGAAGGCAAAGCAUACGGCAACCUUGGCAUUGCGUGUGGCGGUCUCGCUGAUUAUAAAAAAGCAACCGAAUUUCACCAGCAGUCUCUUAGUAUCGCAAAAGAGAUUGGAGACAAAGAUGCAGAAGAGAAAGCAUAUACCAACCUUGGCGUUGCGUAUUACUAUCUCGGUGAUUAUAAAGGAGCAAUCGAAUUUCAUCAGCAGUCUCUUAGUAUCGCAAAAGGGAUUGGAAACAAAGGUUCAGAAGCCAAAGCAUAUACAAACCUUGGCAAUGUAUAUGAAUUUCUCGGUGAUUAUAAAGGAGCAAUCGAAUUUCAUCAGCAGUCUCUUAGUAUCGCAAAAGAGAUUGGAGACAAAGGUGCAGAAGGGGCAGCAUACGGCAACCUUGGCGCUGCGUAUACACGUCUCGGUGAUUAUAAAAAAGUAAUCGAAUUUCAUCAGCAGUCUCUUAGUAUCGCAAAAGAGAUUGCAAACAAAGGUUCACAAGGUGCAGCAUAUACCAGCCUUGGCAAUGCGUAUCACUCUCUCUGUGAUUAUAAAAAAGCAAUCGAAUUUCACCAGCAGUCUCUUAGUAUCGCAAAAGAGAUUGGAGACAAAGGUUCAGAAGGCAAAGCAUAUACCAAACUUGGCGGUGCGUAUUACUAUCUCGGUAAUUAUGAAAAAGCGAUGGAAUUUCAUCAGCAAUCUCUUAAUAUCGCAAAAGAGAUUGGAGACAAAGGUUCAGAAGGUAGAGCAUAUGUUAACCUUGGCGUUGUGUAUGACUGUCUCAGUGAUUAUAAGAAAGCAAUCGAAUUUCAUCAGCGAUCUCUUAGUAUCGCAAAAGAGAUUGGAGACAAAGGUUUAGAAGGUAGAGCAUAUGUUAACCUUGGCGUUGUGUAUAGCUGUCUCAGUGAUUAUAAAAAAGCAAUCGAAUUUCAUCAGCAGUCUCUUAGUAUCACAAAAAAGAUUGGAGACAAAGAGUCACAAGGCGGCUCAUAUUGCAGCCUUGGCAAUGUGUAUAGAUGUCUCGGUAAUUACGAAAAAGCGAUCGAAUUUCAUCAGCAGUCUCUUAAUAUCGCAAAAGAGAUUGGAGACAAAGGUUCAGAAGGAAAAGCAUAUGGCAACCUUGGCAUGGUGUAUGGCUGUCAAUGUGAUUAUACGAAAGCAAUUGAGUUUUAUCAGCAGUCUCUUAGUCUCGCAAAAGAGGUUAGAGACAAACAUUCAGAAGGGGCAUUAUAUGACAGUCUUGGCAUAGCGUAUAGAUGUCUCGGUGAUCAUAAAAAAGCUAUCGAAUUUCAUCAGCGAUCUCUAGGUAUGGCGAAAGAGAUUGGAGACAAAAGUUUGGAAGGAACAGCAUAUUCCAACCUUGGGGCUGCGUAUACACGUCUCGGUGAUUGUAAAAAACCAAUCGAAUUUUAUGAGCAAUCUCUUAGGAUCUCAAUAGAGAUUGGAGCCAAAGAUAGAGAAGGCCACGUAUAUGGCAACCUAGGCGCUGCGUAUUACUAUCUCAAUGAUUAUGAAAAGGCAAUCGAAUUUUAUCAGCAGUCUCUUAGAAUCGCAAAAGAGAUUGGAGACAAAGUUUCAGAAUGCAAAUCGUAUAACAGCCUUGGCGUUUCGUAUGGCUGUCUCGGUGAUUGUAAAAAAGAUAUCGAAUUUCAUCAGCAGUCUCUUAGAAUCGCAAAAGAGAUUGGAAACAAAGAAGAAGAAGGCAGAGUAUAUAACCACCUUGGCGCUUCUUAUGGCCGUCUCGGUGAUUAUAAAAAAGAAAUCGAAUUUAAUCAGCAGUCUCUUAGUAUCGCAAAAGAGAUUGGAGACAAAAAUUUAGAACAAGACACGUACGCAAGUCUUGGUCAUAGUUUUGAAAAACGUCAUGAUUUCCGUAAGGCUGAAGAGUGUUAUGAAUCCAGUAUAAAAGUGUUUGAGGAGAUGAGGUUCCUUCUUCGAGGGAAAGACGAAUGGAAAAUCACUUUUCGGGAUCAAUUCAAAAUGUACAAUUAUUUGUGGCGUGUUCAGUUAAAACAAGGCAAGACCAAAGAGGCGUUUUUAACAACUGAGCGGGGACGAGCGCAAGCUCUCACAGAUCUCAUGGAAUCACAGUUUGGCGUAAAAUCAACUCCAUCUGCAUCAAAAGAGCAGAUGGAAAUAACAACUAACAUUUCAAGCUUUAUUUCAGCGUCUAUGACAUUUCUUGUGGAAGUUUUCGAAUCAGUGUUCUUCUGGGUACUGCCUAAAGGACAAGAAAUGCAGUCGAUGCAAAAGAAAAUCAAUGGUACCUUGAAAGAUAUGACUGACAAAGCAUACGAACAGAUUGGUGCCACUGAACGUGCCAGGUGCGAAGAUCGCUCCCUUCGUGAUCCAGAAGAUGAAACAAAUGAAGAUUUAUCCGAUAGGUACUGGGGUGCAGGUGAGAAAAAACUUACAUCGCUACAAGCUGGGGUUGAAGCUUUAAGAGAAUUGUAUGAUGUUGUGAUCGCUCCGAUUUCACACUUGAUAAAAGAUGAGGAACUUAUCAUUGUUCCUGAUGGUUCAUUAUUCUUGAUUCCUUAUGCUGCCCUUUUGGAUCAAAAUUCCAGGCCUAGGUAUCUGUCUGAAACACUGAGAAUUCGAUUGGCUCCGUCACUAACAAGCUUGCGCCUGCUGUCAGAGUGUCCAGAGGAGCGCCAUAGUACUUCUGNCAACUCCAUCUGCAUCAAAAGAGCAGAUGGAAAUAACAACUAACAUUUCAAGCUUUAUUUCAGCGUCUAUGACAUUUCUUGUGGAAGUUUUCGAAUCAGUGUUCUUCUGGGUACUGCCUAAAGGACAAGAAAUGCAGUCGAUGCAAAAGAAAAUCAAUGGUACCUUGAAAGAUAUGACUGACAAAGCAUACGAACAGAUUGGUGCCACUGAACGUGCCAGGUGCGAAGAUCGCUCCCUUCGUGAUCCAGAAGAUGAAACAAAUGAAGAUUUAUCCGAUAGGUACUGGGGUGCAGGUGAGAAAAAACUUACAUCGCUACAAGCUGGGGUUGAAGCUUUAAGAGAAUUGUAUGAUGUUGUGAUCGCUCCGAUUUCACACUUGAUAAAAGAUGAGGAACUUAUCAUUGUUCCUGAUGGUUCAUUAUUCUUGAUUCCUUAUGCUGCCCUUUUGGAUCAAAAUUCCAGGCCUAGGUAUCUGUCUGAAACACUGAGAAUUCGAUUGGCUCCGUCACUAACAAGCUUGCGCCUGCUGUCAGAGUGUCCAGAGGAGCGCCAUAGUACUUCUGGUGCCCUCCUGGUUGGUGACCCGUGGAUUGAGACUGUGCGCCUUAAAAGCGGAGAACAACUAAUAGGAUAUUUGCAACUCCCUGGCGCCGAAGAGGAGGUAAAAAUGAUUGGACAGAUAUUAAACGUUGAGCCUCUCAUUGGAAAAAACGCUACAAAAGAACAAGUGCUUAGUAGGCUAAACUCAGUUUCUUUAGUUCACAUUGCAGCUCACGGUUCUGCAGAAAGGGGUGAAAUUCUGUUGUCACCUAAUCUUGGCAGCUCUGAACCUCCCGAAGAGAAAGACUUCCUCUUGACGAUGUCAGAUGUGUUGAAUGCAAAACUGGACGCCAAGCUUGUCGUCUUGAGCUGCUGUCACAGUGGACGAGGGAAGAUCAAGGCUGAGGGCGUGGUUGGUAUUGCACGUGCCUUUUUAGGAGCCGGUGCGCGUUCUGUUAUUGCGUCACUUUGGGCGAUUGACGACGAAGCCACUCUAGCGUUUAUGGAACACUUUUACAAACAUUUGGUCAAGGGGCAGAGUGCAAGUAAAUCACUUCAUGAGGCCAUGAAAAUAAUGCGGGAGUCAAAAGAAUUCAGUGCAGUGAAGCACUGGGCACCAUUUAUGCUGAUUGGCGAUGACGUCACUUUAAAUUUCGACCAAUGAAGGUCGGUUGGGUAAGUUUAGUUGAAAAUGUUAUUGAGUCAAUGAAACGCAAAAAGACAGUGUUAGAAAUACCACACAUUGAUAAUACUUAUAACAUAAAGAAUAGUUUCGGAUGAAGAAGAUUAAAAUGGAAUUACUACGAAAAAAACUUGACAAUUUUUGGGCUAAAUUUUUUAAUGCGAUAAAUGUNUUGAGCUGCUGUCACAGUGGACGAGGGAAGAUCAAGGCUGAGGGCGUGGUUGGUAUUGCACGUGCCUUUUUAGGAGCCGGUGCGCGUUCUGUUAUUGCGUCACUUUGGGCGAUUGACGACGAAGCCACUCUAGCGUUUAUGGAACACUUUUACAAACAUUUGGUCAAGGGGCAGAGUGCAAGUAAAUCACUUCAUGAGGCCAUGAAAAUAAUGCGGGAGUCAAAAGAAUUCAGUGCAGUGAAGCACUGGGCACCAUUUAUGCUGAUUGGCGAUGACGUCACUUUAAAUUUCGACCAAUGA